CAAACUCUACAGUACUUUCGUUUUCUCAGAAUUGACACAUUUCACUUGGUUUCACCGCUCUCUUUGUUACGGAUCAGAAAACAUUCUCUUCUCUGAUCAAAGAUGAAUCAAGGAUUCCGUUUUGGCAUACCUGAAGAAGUCAAUGUUACCCCAUCCCCAGUGUUCAGCACACUAGUCAGUAUAUGUCCAGCCUCCUCUUCAGGCUCCAAUUAUCCUAGCACACCUGAAAAUGCAACUCCACCUCCUAUUCUUGAAGUUCCAAGUUCCAAGUUUCAAGUUUCAUCCUUAUUGGAAAAUGAGUGGAGAAAUAUGGAGUGGAGUGAAGAAGUGAGAGAGACAUUGAUGGAGUCUGUCAGGUCAUUUAAACCAGCCAGUGAGACGGUUACCGAAGCCAGAGUUUUGCUGGUCGGUCCAGUCGGUGCUGGAAAGUCCAGCUUCAUCAGCUCUGUCCAGUCUGUCUUCUCUGGACGGGUCAUCAACAGAGCCAUGGUGGGCUCUUCAUCCUCCACCAGCUUCACUAAAAAGCUUCGCUCGUACAACAUCAGAGGAGCAGGAGAGAAUGCAAACGAGCCCACAGCUCUGGUCUUGUGUGACGUGAUGGGUGUAGGUGAAGGAGAAAGCACUGGACUGACUCUUCACGAUGCACUGUCUGUCAUUAAAGGACACGCACCAGAGGGACACCAGUUUAGCCCUGAGCAGCCGAUUGGAGCAGAGACUGUGGGCUUCUUAAAGAAACCGAGCACUAAUGAUAAAGUGCACUGUGUGGUGUUUGUGAUAGACGGCUCAAAAGUCGGUUCCUACGCCAAAAGCUUUGGCGCGACUUUCCAGCAGUUAAGAGAACACAUUAGCAACUUAGGUGUACACCAGGUGGCGUUACUGACCCAUGUGGACCAGGUUUGUAACGCUACCGGAAGUGACAUUACCAAGGUUUACAAGAGCAAGGCCAUUCAGCAGGCGAUGGUGAAGGCUGGAGAGCUGCUGGGAAUGGCCACAUCCUACAUCGUCCCAGUGAAGAACUACUGCUCAGAGCUGGAUCUGGGUGAAAACACUGAUAUUCUGCUGCUCAAAGCUGUUGAUCAUAUCUUACAAUAUGUGAAUCUGUACUUUCAAGACGACAGCGAUUAAAGCAGAGCUUCUCAACUCUGGCUGUCCAGAUCCACUUUCCUGCAGAGUUUUGCUCCAGUCUCGAUCAAACCUGCCUGCC